ACAUCCACAGUUUGCAUUAAAAGCAAACUAAAGUGCAGACAGUGACGAGCAGAUUACUCACUGCAAAACGGAGAUUGAAGGGCAGGCUGACCGAGAACCCUCUCUGCAUUUGAAUGUGGCAACAAUGAUAAGAUCUUCGGAGAUAUUAGCGAAUCACGAGACUCCACUCAGACACUCCCACGAUCAUUCUAUAGCUUGGAAAUCUGCUACUUAGGAGUUAUGCCUAGCUUCAUGGCUGCGAAGGGGAAAGUCGACAUGGAUAGGGUUUUGGGGAGGGGGGGUGAGCGGCAAUGGCGUGACAGAAAAUUCUCGAAGGAUAUAGUGCACCAUAGAUGCACCAAACAUCUUCCCAGGCGUGACCGAAAUCAUACUUUUGGAGAUGUUGGGCUAGGGCCACGCACAGACGCGGAGGGCUAUGGCGGAGCGAAUGGAUGGCGUCCAAAGCUUCCAAGCGCUAGCUAGGAUCGUGAGCUUCGAGAAUAGGCGCCAGCAUGGUGAUGAGCUGUGGCGAUGCAGACGCAGACGAGGGUGAUGCGGACGAGGGUGGGGAGUUUGUGGGAAGGGCCAAGGCUCGCUCAAGUUGCCCGCAGCCUCUUAUAUUCUGCUUCUCUCCCAUUCUCUUGUUGUUGUGCGGAUGAAGGCUCUCGAUCGCUUCGGUGUCUCAGUGGUUCGUGAUUGAUUUAUCUGGUAGCUUCGUACGUUGUAACUCGCGAGAUAAACUUAUAAAAUUAUUAUCAUUGUUAUUAUUUCGUUUACAACUGGGUAGAAGAUCAAAUUCCAAGCAGGUCUUGGGAGCCUUGUCUGCAGAGUCGGCAAUCGAGCCGGCCGCGCCCAACCUGCUGCCCCUAUGAUACUCUUUUUGGGGUCGGUAGCUACGUUAGGACCGAAAGUAUUGUGAAAAUUUUCUAUUAUAUUACUGGCGUAGAGAAUACAAUGAAACGUAUCUUCUCGUGUUGUAUCUCAUUUGAUCGAACCACGGAAGAAAGGGAUGAGCCAAACGAAUCGCAAGGAGCGAUCAACCUUUACGCUGUUCAGGAGCCUGUUACGAAUCUGAGAAGAAUGGAGUCGCAAUUGACUGGAGAUAAUCCCCAUCGUGCUCUACGUUCAGUGAGAGUGUGCAGGAAUUUCAGAUGCUCCAUUUGCUCCGGCCAAGGACUUGUAUACUCUGGGGUUAGAGAUUGUAGGUUUUGUUGCCAUCCCGGAUCAAUCCAAACAGGUUUUGUUACGGAGCCUCUAGACCCAGGUGUAUGGAGCAAGCUGCCGCUUGAUCUCCUGGAAUUUAUCUUUGCUCGUCUUCCCAUUGAUUUUAUUGUUCGUCUCCGAGCUUUGUCCAAGGCCUGGAAGCGUGAAUUGUCGACCUGCUCCUCUUUCACUACAGAAUGCGCAAAGUCCCAGCCCAAUCUCGGUGCAAUUAUGGGUUUCAGCACCGAUUCGUGCUGGGUGAGAGUGUACGAUACCACAGUGAUCCGCCCCCCAUAUGAAAAUCCUCGCAAGUGGCACGCGUUCAGAAUUAAAAACAUUCCAAAGCUUUAUGCUUCUUCGAUGACAGCUUGUGAUGGAGGGUUGGUUUGUAUUGUGCCGCUGGCAACCUUGCAACCUGUUCUUGUUCUAAAUCCGUUAACGAGGGAAUGGAGGCAGCUCCCUUUGCAGCGUCUUGUGAAACAUCCUGGGAUGGUGCAGUUGAGAGUAGACCGUGACACACGAAUGUAUGAAGUUAUAUUAGUUGGGUUUAAGGGCGGAAGCGGAGUUAUUGGCGAGUCUUAUGAUUCAAAUAUCAACCAGUGGAGUGCAGUGGCAUCCGGUAAUGUUAUGGGUCCUUUGUGUGAAUAUCCAAGAACAAGUCAUCUGGAGUACAUGGGAUGGGUUCAAGUUUACAACGGCUCGAAAAAUCUCCUUCGUGGAUACAGACUUCCUAAGCGUGAUCCAGACCGGAUUGCAAGUACUCGAUGGCGCGUUUUAGGGUAUGCGACGUGCAUGAACAAUUUUUAUUUCCUAGAAUCUGAGAUUGGUGAACGAUUUGAGGAUGGAAGAUUGCCGGUUCGUUUCAAUGUGUCGAAAUUUGAGGAAGGUAACUGGAGGGUUGGUUCCCAUGAAUCAAUUCGAAUUAGUAAACCUUCUGUAAAUUUCGAGUUCCAUGUAGAUAUUCCUGAAGGUCCGAAGCUGCUCGUGUGCAAGUCGUUCUUCAUGGUGGUGUUUCGCGGCUAUAACCACAAUUACUUCGUGCUGAUUUUCUACGAUUUAGAGAACAACAAAUGGCAGAAGUUUGACUUGCAGUGUACUGAGUACUCCGUCUCUAGGAAGGAGAUGGAGACAGCAUUCGCGUGUGAGCUUCGGUGGGAUGCACGCCCAUAAGCUUAAAAGCGUGAGCAUUUGCUGCAUUUCUUUCUUGUAAAUAGGGUUAGGAUUCAGACGUGGGCGAGUUUUCGGGUAUUUCGAUGUAUGUUCUGCUGCUUUACUGCGUGCAUGGAGCUGAUGGACCUGCUAGGCGUGCGCAGCUUUCCUCAAGGGGGCAGUUUGAAGAGGAAUUUUGCGAAUUUGUUUGUUCAAGUAGGCAAUUUCGAAAUCGUGCUCUAUUAUGAUAGAACUGUUGGAUUCAAUAGCCACUUUCUGCAUAUAUUGAUUGUUGUACUUGAAGAAGCACGAUGUCCAGAUGAUCCGUAAAGUUUGCUCUUGACAUCCUGUGCUGCGAUUGUAAGAUAUUGAGGAAAAGCAGAUUUGUCUGUUGAGGUAACAAGUUGAGCUAGCGUUGUGUGCUUACGAUUUUGUUGUUCGAGAGCAUCACUAUUCGACUCAACGUAGCACGAUCUUCUACACAUCAUUCUUUUGUAGAUAAGCUAUAAAUCGUAUUGAUUUGAGAAAACCGAGACAAUAUACUCAGCACGGUGGAUUGAAAUGA